AUGGGGGACCCUCCUCCGGCCUGGGGGCUUUCCGCCGUCCGGCCCAAAAGUCGCAAUGCUAGAACAGUUCCCGAAUGGCUUGAUCCCCGUGGCAAACAUGAGGAAAUAAUCUUCCUUCGUUUGAAACCGAACAGUCCUUCCAAGCUGCCAAAGAAUCCAUUUAUCAUCUCCACCUCAGUUGAGCAGCUCGUGGGUAAAAUCGAAGGAGUUAAUCCAAUCGAUGGGGGUUCCAACUUCCUUCUCAAAGUACGGAAUCCGACCCAAGCUGCUAAACUGAUGAAGCUCAUUCGCCUCACCGAUGGAACCCCAUUCACCAUUGAACAACACCCAACGCUUGACUCGUGUCACUGCGUCGUCACUUGUAAUAGCGUCGACGGGCUCAGUGACGAAAAACUUCAAAAAUCCUUAGCUGAUCAAGGUGUUACCAAUGUUUUCCUAAGGAAAACAGGACAAAAAACCACCCCCACCAACUCCAUGGUACUCACGCUCCAAGGUUCUGUCCUUCCCCCGUAUAUCUAUUUCGGAUUCCACCGAGUGGCCACCAGACCGUAUUACCCACGGCCGCUCAUGUGCUACCGAUGCGAAAGGUUUGGCCACUCCAAGAACCGAUGCCCCAACACUCCAAUCUGCAUCAAUUGCGGAGAAUCAAGCCCACACGAUGAAAGCACAAACCCCCCACACUGCGCCAAUUGCGGAGGCAACCAUUCAGCAAUGAAUCGUUCCUGCCCCCUUUUCAAACAAGAACAAUCCAUUGUCCGGCUGAAGGUUGACAUUCCGAAGCAACGAAGAUGUAUCCGCCAACAAACGAACAAUGCACCGCCAGCCCAAAUUGCCAACAACGACAAGGACCUCUGA